AUGCCCCUCUUCCGCAAGAAGCCUAAGCCGUCGUCGCUCUCUUCUGCAUUCCGAUCGGUCGAGCAUCUGCCUUUCUCCUCUUCUGCCGCGUCAGCCCCUCGUGUUGUCGACGACCCUUCGUCCUCUGUCUCCCCCUCCCCGAACUUCCCAUCGCAAUCGGCGCCUGCCCACGCGCCGCUGCAGCGAUCGCUCACGCAACGGCUGCGUACCCCGCCGUCCAUCGAUGCGGACGCUUCCGACCAGUCGUGGCCCUCAUCUCCCACUGACAAGCCAGAAGACCCCGAACCCCGACGCUCCAAGCGGAGUCUCUUCUCUUUCCACUCCGCCGCCUCCGCUUCCUCGGUGCGCGACCAGUCGGGUUUGCUGCGGCCCAACCGCUCUGUGAAGCGCUCUUCUGGCCCGAACCGUCGCCAGUCCCACCAACCGCGUCUGUCGGUGGACACUUGGCCCCAAGUUGAUGCGGGAGACUCUACGGAGCCUGAGCAGCAUCAAUCCUCCAUGCCGCAGCCCACCCGUCUCGUUCCAGCCGCUCGUGCUCCGCAAUCCCCAUCGAUCCCGCGAUCGAACACCGAUUCGAAUCUUCUUGAGCAUCCUAGACGCGCGGGUGAAUUCGCGUCCACACCGCACCACCAGCUAACCCCCCGACCACCCUCUCGCCAAUCAAUAAUUGGGCCCCCUUCCCCGUUACCCGGGCUUCCUCCAACCGAACCGUCCUCGGCGGCACAGCUGAGUGUAAUGUCUGAUCGACCGGCCGGCGGGGCCCAGCAGAACCAGCCGGCGGCUGCUGCUGCUCAUCCCGCGUACCAGUCGGAAGCUGGCUUCCGGAACAAUCCAGCCCAGCAAAGCGGGCCCGACCCGGGACACAGCACCCCGACGUCGUCCAGAGACAGUCGGAAUCGGGAGGAUGGAAGUGAGAUCGAUGUCCGUGCGUUGCUUCAGAAGCACGAGGAGCUCCAGGCGAAAUAUUCCAAAGUCAAACGAUACUAUUUUGAGCGAGACACGCAAGUCCAACAAUUGCAGAACACCGUCGCCCACCAACGCAUGGCAGUCUCGCGAACCGUCCUGGAUGACAACGAGUAUGCUAACCGGUUUGGCCGCCUCGACGGCGCCAUCAAGGACCUCGCGUUCUCCAUUCGCAAGGACUGGAAGACCCUUCCCGGCUGGCUGGGCGGGUUUGUUAACGAGGAUGCCCCCACCACCGGUACCAAAGAAAUGACCGCCAUUGGGCGCGCUCUGAUGAGCCGGUGGCUGGUCGACGAGCUCUUCGCGCGAUACUUUCACCCUGUUCUCGAGCCGACCUUGAGCCGGCAGCUGAAGGGCAUCGAGAUGAACCUGCGCCGGCAGCAGGGAGGCGCCUACACGGACGAAGACAAGGAGAACUCCCUCGCGCGAAUCUCCAACUGGCGCCGCACGACGCUGGACGGCCUCGCCGAUGCCCUCCAGGGCCCGGCCGCCGACGAAUCCCGCGCGCAGCUCAUCGAGACCCUGGUCGAAACUCUCGUGGCCACGCUGGCCCGCAACCUGACCGACCCGCCGCCGCCGGGACUGGACAACGGCGUGCGCAUGAUCGUCGAAAACGCCGUGGGGAUCGCGGAAAAGAUCCCGCUCGAGUCGCGCGAUAUCGGCGUCGAUUACAUUCUCCCGGGCACCGCGCUGCACGAGGGGACGAUGAAAAUCGAGGCGGGCGUCCUGCCCCCGCUAACCAACGUGAGCGCUGGCUGCGACUCUCCAUCCCACCCCCGCCGCUCGGGCGAACACGACACUACGCACCAUUCGGACGCGGGCCCUGAAGAUGCGGACCCCGAGCGGGAGCCGUCAAGCUCGGGAAACCCCGCCGCGCCGCCGCCUGACGCCAGCAGCCAGGGCCGCGAACAGCGCAUCCGCUCUGUCUUUUCGAACAUGCUGGGCCGGAAAUCCGGACAAGGACCGUCGCCGCCGCCGCCGCCGCCACCACCACCACCGCCGGGACCUGGCGAUUCCGUCCGCAGCACAUCGACCGAGGAGCGUCGCGUGGCGAGCGGGGGGGCUGGGUCGGCUCCGACAGGACGCAUCCGGUUUGCAUCGUUCGUUGUGGCGGAAGUCCGGGGGCGGGGGCCGUUGAAUGUGCUCGUGAAGGCGCCAGUAUAUCCUCUAGAUGCAUAG